AUGGACCCUCACGAAGCUCGAAUCUCGCUCAAUCGCAACACUCCCAGAAAACGCCCUUCGAUGUUAAACGACAUCGAGAUGACUCGAUACGUCGCCCCGUGCUCGGUGAGCAAGAAAACGUGUCCGCCUCCCACAUUCGUCGAUGCUCCUGAAAACGACUCAGAAUGCAUUGGUAAGUGUGGAUGCUCGUCGUUGUGCUCGUGCUUAAAAGGAAGCUAUUGUUGCCGUCACCGCGACCGCUCCAUUGUUGCGUUGAUCAUAAUUAUUGCAAUUUUUUGUAUGCUUGCAUGUGUCGUUGUGGGAAUCAUCAGCAUGAACAAAGAAAAGAAGAAGCUGUAA